AUGGCGAAGAACAAGCGUCAUGAUAUUGUAAAGCUAUCUAAGUUUAAGACGUCGAUUUGCACAUUCUUCGACACCCCGUCAGGAUGCCCUUUUGGUGACCGUUGCGCCUUUGCCCAUGGAGAAGAGGAGCUUAGGGAGGAGUCGACAAUUGAUAGUCUACCCAACGAUUGUUCUUCAAAACGUGAGGAGUCUGACAGUGCAGCAGGGACUGUUGCUGUUGAUAAGAAAAUAAAGGGGUCCAUCGCAGCAAAUGCACCUCCCGCCCGACUACGCAGCCCUGACAGUAGUGGCAAAGAGCACACCAAGACGGUCAGCGAGAGUGCCCCCUUAACGCCUCUGAUGGUAACCCCAAGCACCGUAUCCCCAAUCGGCGGUCAACUUGACAAUUCGAACGAUACCAAGGAUAUCGACGGGCGCUGCGGUGCGACGAAGAUUACUCCCGCUACGGCCGGUGGUGCUCCACCGCGACAUCACCGCGAGGGAGGCCGAAAGAAGCCUCCUUUGGCGCACCUGGACCCUAGUGCGACUGCUGCAGGGACUCCGCUGCACCCACAGGGACUGCUGCCCAUAAGUCCCGGGAUGGUUUCCUGCAUGAUGCCGUACUAUGGAGCAAACAAUAGCCCAGUGGCGAUGUACAUUCCUUACAGUUCGAUACAGCAUCCAUGCUUUAGCAUCAACAACCACAGCUAUGUCAACGUUGUCAUCGAUGGUUCCUCGGCGAUGGAGCCGCCGAAUUACUCGGUGCCGAUGAUGCCUUCCCACCUUUUUUCUCCGCAUUCUGUUCAUGGUUAUCAUCAAGAUGGACACCAUCUGACAGGCAGUGUACCUAUGGCAAAUGCACGACCGUGGCAUCCAACCACCGAACCGGUGCACUCCAGCGCCCUUGGCCCCCAGACGGAUGGCUACCUUGACGCACCUCCACACGACGUUCCAGCGAGGCCGAAAGGGACUUGCGAGAGCUAUGGGACAGCCCCUGCUCCUAUAUUUUCGGACAUUGACAUGAUGACCAACACGAAGGGAUCGUACCCACUUAAAACAGAGCUGAAGGAAUCCGCCUACCCAGCCGCGCACGCCAAAGUCCCCGGGUGUGGGGCUGCGACACCCGGGGUAACUCUUCAGUCCUUAAUGUCAUCGACAACCCCACCAACCAUCGUACACAUUCCCUUUGGUAGUGCCAUGCCGUACGACCAAUGUGGGGCAGGGGGUGCUCCUGCUGGAGGUUCGUUCUCACUCGGUACGAACGAGAUCGACCCAGUACAACCUGUAGCGGCCGCAGCUGCCAAGAGUGGCGGCACUGACGACACCACAUGGGUGCCGGGAUUCUCCACGCAACUGCCACCAAGCGUUGGCCGGGGGUGGGGUGGAUGCAUGGUGUUGCCAAACUCCGAUGCUCUCGAUGUCGCCUCCCUACGGGCACUUUCAAUGCCUCAGGCAUCCUGCGAUGCAACACCACCGUUGACUAAUUUCCAAGACUUCCUCCAAACGGUCUCUCAGGAUGAAGAUGAAUGUGUGGACUUGAAUCGCUUUCUAGCCCAAUGGGGGCAGUUCAUGACGACACCAGAAGAGAAUGGACAGGAGGGCAUCUUCAAUAUUGACCGACCGAAAACGUCUGAGCUUCGCCCGAAGUUAGAUUUAGCAGCAAAGCGCUCCACCUCUGGACUACACCCUGCCCCCAACGCCGGGGCACCCCCCACGACCACCGCCAUCAUUGCCGAUGCCCUCAAGGAGCCCCUCCACAUUACGGCCUCACAUUCGGUGGCCUCGGCUUUACAGCCUCCUGUUCCGCUGAAAGAGCGUCAUGACGCUCUAUUAUCUACCGGCUCCGACACUGCCACGACGUCGGAGCGGGCUAAAAAGAGCACCAUACCGCCGCCAAGGCGCACGGGCUUAGUCUGCUCCAUGUUUUGUGAGAAAAUAUUACCUUCAAAGGAAAACACAAGGACGGAAAAGGACACGGGGGCACGUGCCGUUCGUCGCCCGGUGAUGAAGAACUGCUUCGCAAGCUCCUGCUCUACAAAGGGUAUCGCCUCUGAGCGGCCGAACUCCAUUCUUUUGUAUAAUGUCGAGAAGAACACGGUGUACUAUAUCACAGCCCCAUGCUGUCUAGAAAAAUUUCGCUCCAAAGAUGACGUUCCCGCGUCAACUAUUGGAGGUAAUGCCUCCCACGACUCGUCGUGUGAUGCAUCAAAACAAGUGACGCAAGAGAAUAUCAAACGUAGGGAAGAUUGCACUACUUAG